CGUCGUGGAUUAGGAUUGGUGGAUGGGCGUCAGGCUGAAGUUUAUAAGCGAUGUCCUCAGAAUAGAGCGGCUUCACCACCAACAUGAAGCUACUGUUGAUAUUUGGAUUUGUGGCUCUGGCUCUGGCUGACGUCAGCCGCUUUGUGGGAGACAAAGUCUUCAGACUGAAGCCACGGUUGGACAAACAUGUGACUCUCAUUAAGGAGCUGGAGAAGAACAUUAAUGUUGAUAUGUGGAGUCCAGGGAGCUCUGAACAAGUCACUAUUGACAUUGAUGUGGACAUCCGCGUGCCAGCUAUGUACCUUGACAUUGUGUUCACCAUGUUAGAUCAGAGCGACAUGGAGCAUGAGAUUCUGAUUGAGGACGUUCAGGCUGCCGUUGAUGGUCAGGCUGACAGCGGAGGGUCUCCUAGAGCCCACAGUUACACCAAGUACAACACCUGGAGCGACGUCCAGAACUGGAUUAACUCCAUUUCCUCCGCCAACCCUAGUCUAGUCAGCAAGCUGGUGAUUGGAAACACAUUCGAGGCACGCCCCAUGACUGUCCUCAAGCUCGGUAAGGCCUCCAGCUCCACCAAGCCUGCUAUCUUCAUGGACUGUGGUAUCCAUGCCAGAGAGUGGAUCUCUCCUGCUUUCUGCCAGUGGUUUGUCAAGGAGGCUCUGUCCACUUAUGGCAGUGAUUCUCAGAUGACCAGCCUGCUCGAUGAGAUGGACGUCUUUGUUCUGCCCGUCUUUAACAUCGAUGGCUACGUGUACACCCAUACAAACAACAGAAUGUGGAGGAAGACUCGUUCCAAAAAAUCUGGAUCCAGUUGCAUCGGAGCCGAUCCCAACAGGAACUUUGAUGCUGGCUGGUGCACUCUUGGAGCCUCCAGUAACCCCUGCAGCGACACCUUCUGUGGCUACAAUCCUGAGUCGGAGAUUGAGGUGAAGAAUGUGGCGGACUUCAUCCGUAGGAACAAGUCCAUCAUCAAGGCCUACCUCACCAUACACUCGUACUCUCAGCUGCUGCUGUUCCCCUACUCCUACAAGUACGGGCUGGCUGCAGAUCACACUGAGCUGAUGACAGUUGCUCAAGGAGCUGCUUCCGCUCUGCAGAGUUUGUAUGGAACCCGCUACACCAGUGGACCUGGUGCCACAACUAUCUAUCCUGCUGCAGGAGGCUCCGAUGACUGGGCCUAUGACCUGGGAGUGAAAUACUCCUACACCUUCGAGUUGCGUGACACCGGUCGUUAUGGCUUCCUGCUGCCUGAGUCUCAGAUCAAGCCCACAUGCGAGGAGACCAUGCUGGCCGUCAAGCACAUCGCCGCCUACGUGCAGAAGAACCUCUAUUAAAAAGCAGCCAGGACCCCUGCCAACGCAGCUUCUCUGAACCAGCACCACCCCCUCCUGCAGCCCCUUCCCAACCCUCUUAGCCAUCUUCUGUUCAUAACCAUGGAUACAGGCGCCACCCGCCAUGUUUUCUCACUAUGUUUGACAGCAUGUCAGGAUGAGUGCAAACAAUAAAAUCAAUGAUCCAUCCCCA